CAAUUGACUGACAUGGCAAAGAAGAAAAAGAAGGUGAGGUGUGGCUAAGACAACGAAUCAAAAUCACACCUUCUAAUUGGUCCAACCCCAUAUCCCCUUAUCCAAUACCUACUCCUCCCACCACCCAUCCAAAAUCUCUCAAAAAUUCCCAUUGCACAAUAACCUCUCUCUUAUCACACUCUUCUCCCACACCCCAGAACCCCCCUCUCUCUCUCCUCUCUCCCUCUCUCUCCUCAUGGCCAUGGCAACCCAAGCCUCCCUCCUCUCCUCAACCCUCUCCACCCCGAACUCCGGCACCCGCCUUGCCGCCCCGUGGAAGCAACCAUCAUCCUUGUCUUUUCCCACCACUCCUAAGGCCGGCAAAUUCUCCGCGGGUCCACGGCCCAUCAGGGCCGCGGCAGGCGAAGGCUCGGCCACGGAGGCCCCGGUGAAAGAGCCCCCAGCGGGCUUCACCCCGCCGGAGCUGGACCCGACCAUCCCAUCGCCCAUCUUCGGCGGCAGCACCGGGGGCCUGCUCCGGAAGGCCCAAGUGGAAGAGUUUUACGCGAUCACUUGGGAAUCACCCAAGGAACAGAUAUUCGAAAUGCCCACUGGGGGUGCGGCCAUAAUGAGACAAGGCCCGAACUUGCUGAAACUGGCUAGGAAAGAGCAGUGCUUGGCUUUGGGGACUAGGCUUAGGUCCAAGUACAAGAUUCGGUACCAGUUUUAUAGGGUGUUCCCUAAUGGGGAGGUCCAGUAUUUGCACCCCAAGGAUGGUGUGUACCCGGAGAAGGUGAACCCGGGCCGACAGGGAGUCGGCCUGAACAUGCGAUCGAUCGGGAAGAACGCGAGCCCGAUCGAGGUUAAGUUUACCGGGAAGCAAGUGUAUGAUAUAUGAGGGUGGGUGGGGAGUGAUUUUUUCUGUGGAAAAUGAUCAUCCUUUGUGAAUGUAUGAUUAUGUGAUUUUCUAAGUGUUCUGUUCUGUUUGUGUAUUUGUGGUUCCUUUUGUUUAAGGCUAAAUCAUGAGACAUACUUGCAUAUUUUAUUCUGUUCUUAAUCGAUCAAUGCUCUUAUCCAAGAAAA